ACACACAGGAAGUGAUUUUUUUCAGGUCCGUUAGGCCACGUAGUUCUAACAUCUACCCGGCCAGUCUCCGUCAAGAUCAGGGGGAACAGCUGACUGAUAUGAAAAUAAAUUAUAUAGACAGAGAAGAAGAAAUGUAUGUGACUGAUAAGAAGCCAGAAGAUAUAGAGGGAGAAGAAGAGACGUAUGUGACUGAUAUGAAGGCAGAAGAUACAGAGGGAGAAGAAGAGACGUAUGUGACUGCUAUGAAGGCAGAAGAUACAGAGGGAGAAGAGGAGAUGUAUGUGACUGAUAUGAAGGCAGAAGAUAUAGAGGGAGAAGAAGAGACGUAUGUGACUGAUAUGAAGGCAGAAGAUAUAGAGGGAGAAGAAGAGACGUAUGUGACUGAUAUGAAGGCAGAAGAUACAGAGGGAGAAGAAGAGACGUAUGUGACUGCUAUGAAGGCAGAAGAUACAGAGGGAGAAGAGGAGAUGUAUGUGACUGAUAUGAAGGCAGAAGAUACAGAGGGAGAAGAAGAGACGUAUGUGACUGAUAUGAAGGCAGAAGAUAUAGAGGGAGAAGAAGAGACGUAUGUGACUGAUAUGAAGGCAGAAGAUAUAGAGGGAGAAGAAGAGACGUAUGUGACUGAUAUAAAGGCAGAAGAUAAAGAGGGAGAAGAAGAGACGUAUGUGACUAAUAUGAAGGCAGAAGAUACAGAGGGAGAAGAAGAGACGUAUGUAAGGGGUGAUCAGCAGUGUAAGGAGGAGGAAAUCCCUACAGAUAUCGGCACAGAUGGAGGCACAAGCCGGAAUGCCUUGGAGGGAGAUCUCAUCUUGUCUGCAGAUACUAAAACAGAAGAUAACAUCACACAGGAUUCUCCAGGAGACAGUGCUGUUAUGCUAAAUAUACAUCCAGUACCUCACAGCGCAGAUAUAUCAUCCAAUCCCUCUAAUCACGAUGACUAUUCUCCUGAUACCUCCGCUUUUGUAACACAUAGUGCAGCUCAUACACCUGAUAAUAUAUUUCCCUGUUCCGAGUGUGGGAAAUGUUUUACACUUAAAUCACAUCUUGUUACACAUCAGAGAAGUCACACAGGUGAGAAGCCAUUUCCAUGCUCUGAGUGUGGGAAAUGUUUUACACUUAAAUCAUAUCUUGUUACACAUCAGAGAAGUCACACAGGUGAGAAGCCAUUUCCAUGCUCUGAGUGUGGGAAAUGUUUUACACUUAAAUCAUAUCUUGUUACACAUCAGAGAAGUCACACAGGUGAGAAGCCAUUUCCAUGCUCUGACUGUGGGAAAUGUUUUACACUUAAAUCACAUCUUGUUAGCCAUCAGAGAAGUCACACAGGUGAGAAGCCAUUUCCAUGCUCUGAGUGUGGGAAAUGUUUUACACUUAAAUCAUAUCUUGUUACACAUCAGAGAAGUCACACAGGUGAGAAGCCAUUUCCAUGCUCUGAGUGUGGGAAAUGUUUUACACUUAAAUCAUAUCUUGUUACACAUCAGAGAAGUCACACAGGUGAGAAGCCAUUUCCAUGCUCUGAGUGUGGGAAAUGUUUUACACAGAAAUCACAUCUUGUUACACAUCAGAGCAGUCACACAGGUGAAAAGCCAUUUACAUGCUCUGAGUGUGGGAAAUGUUUUACACAGAAAUUAAACCUGGUUAGCCAUCAGAGCAGUCACACAGGUGAGAAGCCAUUUCCAUGCUCUGAGUGUGGGAAAUGUUUUACACUUAAAUCAAAUCUUGUUAGCCAUCAGAGAAGUCACACAGGUGAGAAGCCAUUUCCAUGCUCUGACUGUGGGAAAUGUUUUAGAUGGAAAUCACAAAUUGUUACACAUCAGAGCAGUCACACAGGUGAGAAGCCAUUUCCAUGCUCUGAGUGUGGGAAAUGUUUUACACUUAAAUCAUAUCUUGUUAGACAUCAGAGAAGUCACACAGGUGAGAAGCCAUUUCCAUGCUCUGACUGUGGGAAAUGUUUUACACAGAAAUCACAUCUUGUUACACAUCAGAGAAGUCACACAGGUGAAAAGCCAUUUCCAUGCUCUGAGUGUGGAAAAUGUUUUACACGUAAAUCACAUCUUGUUACGCAUCAGAUUUCACACAGGAGAAGCAUUACUAUGAGUUGAUACAAAACAGGGUAGAAGCAACACUCCUGUCACACACUAUUUUAACACGUUAUGUUAUCCUUCCACAGAUAAUUGGAAUGUGUGUCAUUAAUAUAAGAUGACUAGAUCACUCCAGCAAAACUUUUAGUAAUUUCUCCUAAAUAUUUUUCUGUAUAAUAUUUCCUAUAUAUGUAAUUUAGUCUAGAUGUUGCCAGCACUCUCCACAGUAAUACCAGACCACAUAGCUGUUAUGUAUGGGUUACAUUGUAUGGAUUUCAGUCACAGAUAAAUGAUAAAACACAUUA